CACCCCCCAGCCACGGUGAUAGGCUGGGUCCCGGCGAUGGAGCUUGUAUACAUAUACGUUCCCUGCCUUCCUAGUACGUGCUGGGGUUGGGUGGUGCGGCGCGUGCAGUAGAGUUGGAGGGGCUAUGCUCGGAGAAACUCCUCAGUGCAAGGGGAAAAAGUGCGUAGCCUGGGGGUAGGGAGGAGGAGCUGUUUCGUCCCUGCUGGGAAGUUAAAGACUUUGAGUGGUGCGUUUUGGUCCCUGUCGGCAAGUUGUGUGUGCGUAAAGGAAGGAGCAGCCUAUCCGUCUCUCUUUCCCCUCCCUCGCUCUUGUCCAUGUAAGUGCUGGGGGUUGCGGUCGCGCAGCGGCGAUGAGUGGAGCUAGUGAGCAGGACCGCGAGGAUAGCAUAUGGUCCUCAGUGGCCGCGGCUCGGGUGCACGCUCGGUCCCAGGACCUGGGCUCCGCGCGCCUCUCCCCCCCCCCCCCCAUGGGUGCAGCGCAGUAGGGGUUUAUCAGAGAGGAUGGCCAAAUGGCUGAACAAGUACUUCAGUCUGGGCAAUAACAAGACCAAGAGUCCUCUGCGGCCUGACUACCACGAUAAGCGCGAUGGGGCCAGCAGCACGUCUGGCUCUGACGGCCUACACUAUCACUAUUGUAUUUUGCCUGGCUUCCUACACCACCACCUGUGUGGCAACACCAGCGACCUGCUCUGUGCCUACCACGCCCAGAAGGACCGUGACUUUGAGGACCCCUACAGCAGGCCCGGCUCGUCCUUGUGCAAGUUGUGUGCUGUAUACCACCUGGACUACUACGUGCCUGAGAACUUGGAUGAGGCAGCCCCCAAGGCUUUCUCCUCCUCCUGUUGUGCCAGGACCUCUAUGCUCUCUGCUGCUACUCCCAUUGGCUCUCCACGCCUCUUCCACAGCCAUAGCAAGAAUCAGCUGGCCCUGCUGCCUAAUAUCAAGUACACUUCCUCUGAGCACCACCUCAUCAAGGUUGAGAGUGGUUGCAGCCAUGCUCCCGAUAGCGCUGCUUCUAUGGUCACUUGGAGUUCCCUGGGUAGUGUUGCCAAGAAGCUCAACAAGGGCCUCGAGCAACUGAAGACCCCUGCCCCCCCUACCAAGAAGGAGAAAGUUUCGAUAGCAGAUGAUUACUCAGAUCCAUUUGAUGCCAAAAGUGAGUUGAACAAAAUGGGAAAGGGGGAGGACACUGGCUAUAUGGAACCGUAUGAAGCCCAGAGGAUAAUGACUGCUCCUGAAUUGGGCCCAUACAUCUCAGUAGAGAGUAAUCAGAGAGGGAAGAGGAAGCUGUUGGAUGCAAUAAUCCUCUUUUUUAUUUAUUUUUUAUUUAUUCAAAUGUUCUUAUGUUUCUUCCUUUGAAUAGUGUGUUUGAAGAGGCACAGAAAAUGACUUGUAGGCUACCUCAUUUGGAAGCUUUCAGAAUCCUAGAGUUUUCAGGGUCCUUAUAUACUGCUGUAACUCUGUUCAUUUCAGCUAAAAAGUCUCUCAGAAAAAAAAUUGGUUGAAAUGGGUUCUUGCUGCUUAUAUAGCAUUGGUGAAGCAUCUCUUCCCCUCCCCCCCCACUAGAAAUAUGUAUGUAUGUGGCUUUUCGUUUGAAUUUGCAGUGCCUUAACUUCUGUCUUCACAAAUAUGAACUCCUGUCCCAAAUGUGUGCUCCUUUUCAUGGGUUAGCUAUAAUAGAUGGGAUGGUUAUAUGAACAAUAUUGAGUGGGUUGGGCCAAGGUGAUGGGCAAUGAAUUUGCAUACCCUUGCAUUUGUAAGAGAGUGUUCUCCAACCCUCUAGGUCCAAUUGGUGUUUGGCAUAGCUGAUGAACUGGCAGGCCUACUGUGGUCACAUACAUUGGUAUAAAGCAAAUGUUAAGAGACCUUAGAUGCUAAAGGUGUUUUCAAAUCUGGAAUCUAAUUAACAAAAUCAAAUGCUGAGUGGUCUUAAUUUGCCUUUGAUUGAACUGGAUAGAAAGUGCUUGAUAUCUCUGUGAAGUUUCCUAGUGCUUUGAGAUCUGGACAUUUGGUUUGUUUUUGGCUUACCUUAAUGAUCAUGGAAAUUGAGGGAAUCUUCCCACAAACUUCAGUGGCGGUAGAUUAUAUCCUCUCCUGUUUAAUUGUGCAUGUGUGCUUAUAGAUAUCCCCUUUGUGCUUUGCUUGACAAAUGAAAACCAAAACUUCUUUAUUGAGAGCUUUUAAAGAUUCAGUUUUGGAUUCCUGUGUGAGGAUAAAGGAAGCUAUAAUUUGGAUUGUUAACUAUUCCAGAGUAGCCUUUCUAAAGAAGAGAUUCCUAAUGCAGUCUUGUUUGGUCUCAGAAUGUUUACUGCUUUGAAUUUUUGUGAGAUUAUGCUUGCUGCGCUGUCAGAUGAGUGUCAUGGGCCAAACAGUCUCAAGUUGGGGAAUUUUACUUAAUUUGUUGUUGAUCAACACAAACUUCUGAUCACUGAUUUGGGUAUUGAGAAAAAGAAGGACACAAACAAUUAAACAAACAUUUACAUAAACACCUAUCCUCCCUCCUCCCCAGUUUCAGCUUCUGUAUUUUUGCUGUGGGUUACACUCAGUCCAUCAAAAUUCCUCCAGUGAGGCAAUGGGUAGCGUAGGAGGUUGAGGUGGUUUGUGCAAUGAUUUCUUUCUGCCACUCUGGGCUUAAAUGUAUCUGCUCUGGUGUGGGUUGCCCACGGGCUGCAGUCCCCCCCAGGAGUGUGUCUCCAGCCCUGAGCAGCUGCCAGUUUCCUUCUUAAGUAUGUUUGAGCAGGGGUGCCAUGUGCUUCUCUGAUUGGCUGGAAUUGGGGCAUGCGAUGGUAAAGUUUUAGGGUGUGAUUUUUUUUCCCACUGUUGUUUACUUCGGUUUCAGAGUUGGCUGGAGCUGUUUUUCACCAGCACAGGACAGUUCAUGGCCUUCUUCCACACGGGGCACCACUGCAGCCCCCUGCUACUUGCAGACUAUAACUCAUGCCCAUUACAAUGGGUUAAAGCACAUUAUAGGGCUAUCUCUGUGACUUCAGUUUAUCUGGUGAAUUUCUUUUGUAUUACGACUGUAUUUGAGCAUGAAUUAAUCCCAGACAAUGGAAAUCUGCAAACGGCAGCAGAAUACAUUUUGGGAGAGGUAGAGGAAAUAAAACAUAUUGCUGGGUCUUUGCUAGAUUCAGAGCUGGUCUCCAUGCUUAAUUAUGAUUUAAACCUUUUUGUUUAAGGCCCUCAGUGGUGCAAUAUGAAAAAUACAGAGUACAAAGGUCUGGUCUAGUCUGUCUGGUGGGCUGAUAGUGGGGAAUAUGCCUUAAUGCUUGCUAUCCUUUCUUUCUAGGUUAGUUUUAAUGCACCUUGUCAGAAACAAUUAUAAUACCAGAAAAACUUUUGCAGGAACUCAGGCAUCAGCUCGCAUCCUUUUAUUGCUUAAAUCAAAAAGCUUGUUCUCCAUUCAGCCUGUUACCUUGUUUACCUUUAACAUGAUCUGUCAGAGUGGGGAAACAUGGUGUCUGGAGACCCUGUCUUGCAGAAAGCUUAAAAACCCUCCAUCUCUCUUAUGUAUUUCACAUUUUUAUAUCACACAGGCAACAUUCUAGGGUGUUUAAUAUUUGUUGGUUUCACAGAUCUUUCAUAUUUAUACUGUAUUUAUCUUAAAGGUAGCAGGUUGUUAUAGCUUAACUGUAGAAAAGUCUCCUCAAAUUGCUGGUGUCAAAGCAGCUUGACCUUGCACUUAGUACCAAUCAAAACCAAUUUUCCCAAGGAAGCCCCAACUGUUUGAACUCCAAAAAUAGCAUGAUAUCCUUCUUUUCCUUUUUAAUAGGGUCAAAUGAGGUCACCAUAACCUCUUCCUACUCUGGAAGAGAACCCACAACUCAGUUUAAUUAUUUCAGCCUAACUUUAGUUCUAAGACUUUUCCUGCAUACAUAUCUGUAAAGUUAAAGCCUUUGAGCAAGGUCAACAAUCUGUUCUUUACUGCUGUGAAUGACAUGCUGUUAGCUAACAAAGUGGGUUUUUUUGUCAAUUGUAUGUGUUAUUAACCAAGGAGCUCAUUUGGUUGCUCCUUCCCUGUGUACAGAUGUACUCCAACUCUUAAUCAAGUCUGUUGAAUCAAACUAGAUGCAAUAGUUCAAAAUUAGGGCCUAAAAUGUUUGUGCAAGAUGUCUUGAGGAUUAACAAAGAGCAAAUGUCUAUAUAAAAUAAAAUCCUGUGGCCCCAAUUUGAGAAGCUAAAAUUACUACUAAAAAGAGAAUGUAAGCUGUCUAUACUAAGUGGUCAGUUCUUCUGAAUCUCAACUUAUUCCUUAUUGAAAGCUGUGGAGCCUCACAAUUAUGGUGUUAACUGGCUCCAGAGCUUGAGGAGGAUAAUUACAAUCUGCAGCAACAAUCUUUGGUCACUAUCAAAAGCCAGUUGCUUGCUCAUCAGUUGGUAUUUUCUUGGUAUUGUUAUUUUCUUCCUGGUACCACAUAGUUCUCCAAGAAGUUGGUUUGUAACUGCACUUUAAUCAAAUGAGAAACCUUGAGGUGGGUGACUUAACUUACUGGUGUAUCUGAUCCUACGCUGUCCAUGGUGGAAGUGGCUUUAAUUAGGUUGAAUGUUUGCUCUGCUGAUAAUAUCUCCCAAAAUAGAGUCUUUUAAGACUUGCAGUGAAGCUGGAUAUAAGAAAGUGGCUCUUGUGCCAAGGUUUGGAAAGGCUUGCUGAAGGAGAAACACCUCCUUUGGUCUAGGUUAGGUCUGAUGCUAAGGAAGAAUGUAAUAAGAACCACCAUGUUUUUACAGGGAGCUGACUUUUCCUGUCGGCCACAUGUGUCCACUGGCUUGGGUAAAUUCUCAUGUGCAAUUGUCCUGUCUUCAGGGAGCUUGUGCCAAAGUUUCAGAGCCCAAGGUCAGCUCCCUCGCUGCUAAGAGCUGUUGUGAAGCAAGCUAGGAGCAAGGCCCUGCCCCUCCUUGCCCUUGGGAGCCGCUUUUAAGCUGAGGCUGCACCGCUGGCCCCGCCUGUGCUACGUCGCAGCUGUGCAGCAGCCGUGUCUGCGCCCGGUCUCCUACCUCCCCGAGUCUGGCCCGGACCCGCCGGCUCGGCUUCCUGGCUUGAGCCCGGGCCUGCCUCGUCACUACGGACUUGCCGGGUGAGCAGUGGGCUGUGUCUGGCCCUGGCCCCUGUCUCUGGCCCUGGCCCUGACCCGGACUUGCCGCGCUGCAUCCCGCCUCCUUGUUGGUGAGGUCGCUGCUGGCGCCUGCCUUGUUAUCAUGCUCGGCUCCUGGCUCACCUUCCCUCGUGGAGCAGCCGGCCCCCACUGCUCCCAAACGCCUAAAACCAGAAAUAAAAGCAUCAGAAGGAAAAAUAGCAAUAGCUUAUUCACUUUUCCCCCUGUAAAAUUAGAAGUUUGUGGAAUGGUGUAUGCUCUUGUGUGUCACAGAAGUUGUUGGGUGAUAGCCAUGAUGAAAUAAUUCAAUGGGCCGAAUAGCAGGAUAAAGCAGCAUUAACUGAAAGUCUCCAGUUGUCUUAUGGUCAGGCAGUUUUUGGUUAAGGGCAACAUUCAGUGAUCUUCUGCCUGCUAAACUUACGUCCUUCAGAUUCUCUUGCUUCCCUGGGGACAUGCUUUUUAAUGGAUUUGGUGCUUUGAAGACCCUUCUAAUGCAUUACCUAGAGCUGUAGCAAUAAGAAGAUGGCCCAGACAGUGUUGUGGGAUCUGCACCUCGUAUUUUAGGGAUAUAGCAUUGGGGGAGGGGGGGGGGCGUUGCAAUGCAUCUGCUCAAAGUCUGAAUAUAAAAUCAUCAAGUGUUUUAUUAAUGGGUCUUUUUGAAGCACAGCUAGUUGACAAUAACUGUAGCUGGUGUUUUUGCCUUCAAUGGUACUGAAGAAAAGCAUACAUAAAGAGCCUAGUAGUCUUCAGAAGUUACAGCUCCUCCUUACGUGAUGGGGAAGGGGGGCCCCUGCUCAGCCCACCAUUUCAUGAUGGGCUGCAUGCUCUAGUUGUGAGUCUCAGCUGGUUUGGGUACAGGCAUGGGAGCAGUGUCACAUCUUUGCCUUGUCUUUGUUCCUUCUGGGGGUUGAAUAUCAGGUUAUUGGGUUAAAUACAGGAAUAAUGACGUGCAAUUCUCCAGCCUGUGAUACACGGGAAGGCAGACCUGCAGAUGUAUUGCACAAAGGAGGUUGAGACAAAUUCACACGCACAAAGACUUAUUAGCAGGGUCUGUAGCUGAUGGCAUCCAUUGACUCUAACAAUGUAAGUUACCUUUGGGGAAAAUAAAGGAGAGAGAGAGGGGAAAGGGAAAGGGAAAGGGAAAGGGAAAACUCUUCCCAGUGGCCAGCUGGGGUCCCAGACAAGUGUCCUCCCCUUGGUGGACAGGGGAGGAAGGAGCAAACUGGCUAGCUCCCUUUUAUUUAUACUCUGACUCGCUCUGCAAUUCAUUUUUGCCCCUGUGGAUUUUGUACCUUCAACCAAACCCUCUUCUGCCAGGUGGCAGUUUGUUCCCAUGCAUACUCCAUUUCAUCCCAGCAUGCCCAGAUUCCUGCUGACAAGGGCACAGUCCCCCAUUCUUCUUUCAGGACUGGUAUUUAGCAUGGCGAGUUUUGAAAAAGAGUUUGACCCCCACUCCCACCACCCCCACAAGAAGUGUAGAUUUCAGCACUUGGGAAGAAUUUGAGCCUCUUCACAGUGACCAAAUGAUUUCUGUAAAGUCCCACUAUAGUGGACUAACCCAGAAAUGCACAUACACUGAUGGCCACAGAGCACAGGGGGCAAACAUCCAUCCAGCCCUGCUCAAUGAAUUAAUUGUCUAAGCUAGGAGAGAGGAGGGGAACCUUGUGGAACCUCAGCAUUGUUUUAACAGCAGAUUUAAAGCAAACCCUCUAAGAAGGGAAGCCUAAGUGUAUAUUCCUCCUGUUCCUUGGCACCUUCUAACUAUGGCUCUCCCAAAGAGCACAAAACUGAAGUACCAAAAAAUGGAGCUUAAAGAGAAUUAGGUCCUUAAUGGCAAGGAUGUUAUUCGCACUCUUUGUGAUGCAAAUGCUCUGUGUACUAAACAGUUGAAGGAAGGUAUUUGGAGCUAGAUCUGACUUCUUUUCAAAGGCUCUGGGCAGAAGGAGCCUUCCAAGCCCUGUUCUAAACCUCUUGCCCACACAAUCAGCCCCCCAGACCACAGUAGGCACACAUGCCCAGGGGUGAGACCUGCAUAACUGUUGGUCCUCAGGGCCACGUACCAGCCUUUCCUGCAGAUAGCAGGGAAGUGCUUGAGUGAAGACAGAGGACACUGAAUCACACAAGACAAUGUUCCUCAGUUCCAUUUGCCCUGUGACACAACCCAGUGUCUAGAGGUCCCACCUGGCCCUACCUCAAUACUAGAGGUUCCACACCACCAGACAUCUGCCCCCUGAACUGCUAGUGACUACUGUGGACACAAGGUAAGAAUUCCAGCACAUCUGAAAUAGCCCUCAUGGUGGUCAGUGGGGAUGCUCACACAGCCACCCCCCCACCCCCACCCAACAAAAUGUCCUGGAUAACUAUAGCUGAUAAAAUAGGAAUGUGUGAGUAAAUGGCAUGUGUGAAUGGGACACCCAAAUCUGUCUGAGAGGGCAUUUGUCCAAAACUGAUCAAGUUAAAGAGGAAGAUGACCAUCAGCUUGAUUAAACUGGGGAAUUUCAAAGAGACUUUUGAAACUAAGGAGUUAGCUUGAAAAGAAGUGUAAAAGAAGAAGAAAAUUUGUGACUGGGGAAAGGAGAGAAGUAGGUAACAGAGCAGCAGUCAAACCACCUUUGGCACUGCCAGAAGUGGCCCCGCUGGCAUCGCGACCUCUGCCUAGGCCUGACGGAGCAGCCACCCCACCCCGUUGGAUGCCGCGAGCACCUGCAUCCAGUUAGCAGACUGACAGCACAGGGUACAACACAUAGGGACCCCGCCCCUCAGGUGUGCACAGGCCUCGUGGGGGGGCUUUCUCACCAGCAUGUGGAUCAGCAGGUUGUAGGGAGCAGCACGGGUGCACCUAUAGCUGGAGCACCCGCAGCUCCCACAGGAGGGGUGUGC